CAAUAGGAGAUCUUUCUCUCUCUCUCUCUCUCUCCUGAAAAUCAAUCUCCCUAAAAAUUAUCAGGUGCUCUUCCAGAAUUGUUGCCUGAGAUGGCGUCGUUGCAAGAAAAGCUGUCGGAAUUUAAGAAACAGCAAGAGAAAUGCCAGUCGACGCUUACGAGCAUUGCAGCUAAAGCGGGAUCUUCGAAAGCAAAUGGUUCCAAAUCUGCGCACUCGAGCAUAGCAAAUGCAAAGUCAGUUGCACCACAAGUCAAAUUCUCGAACGAUACAGAAAGGCUUCAACAUAUAAAUAGCAUAAGGAAAGCUCCCGUGGGGGCUCAAAUCAAACGUGUUAUUAAUUUGCUCUUCGAGACAAGGCAACUCUACACUCCUGAGCAGAUAAACGAAGCAUGCUACGUGGAUAUAAAUGCAAACAAAUCCGUAUUCGACAGUUUAAGGAACAACCCGAAAGUGAGAUAUGACGGGAAACGGUUCACCUACAAGUCGAAACACGAUUUGAAAGACAAGGGCCAACUUCUUGUCUUAAUCCGGAAGUUUCCGGAGGGUAUUGCUGUCAUUGAUCUCAAGGACUCGUACCCAGCAGUCAUGGAUGACUUACAGGCUUUGAAAGCAUCGGGACAAAUAUGGCUGCUAUCGAACUUCGACUCGCAAGAGGACAUAGCAUACCCGAACGAUCCAAGGGCUGUAAUUAAAGUGGACGAUGAUCUGAAACAGCUGUUUCGCGGGAUUGAACUCCCCCGCGAUAUGCUUGAUAUCGAGAGGGAUCUUCAGAAGAACGGAAUGAAACCUGCUACAAACACUGCCAAGAGGAGGGCUAUGGCGCAGAUUCACGGCAUCGAUACGAAGCCCAAGACUAAGAAGAAGAAGAACGAGAUUAGCAAGAGGACUAAGCUCACUAAUGCUCAUCUUCCGGAACUUUUCCAACAUCUUAAGCCCUCCGGUUCUUGAGAAUGCUCGAUUUGCGAGUCUUUUAUUCGUAUUAAACGGUGUCUUGUGUUUUAUAAAAAAAAUAUGGAUUUAGUGAGAGUUCGUUUUGUGCCGGUUGGCUAAUCUCUUCGAAUAGAAAGACGUAUCAAGAAGUGGGCUCGAGUAAUUCUUAUAACAUUGCCUUUAUAGUUUAUACAUGGAAUAUUUGUUGUGACUUUAUAUUUCUUGAUUUUGUCA